UUACACAAGUACGUUAGUGGACUCAGCCAGCACAUGUUACUGAUAUGCUCGUCCGUAGACAACGUUCGGUGCUGUAGAGUUCUCAGAACUGGCAAAUGCUGGAUUGGAUUGUAUUGCCACGAGUCAAGCAUGCAUCUUACUGCUAUUUCGGGAGGUAGAGAGCGUGCACGGUUGUGUGUUCGACGGCUCUGUGGCUGCGUUGCUAGGGUCUCUAGUCAUCUCACUCAGCAUAUUCUCUACGGGUUUGUGACCGGCCUGGUGGGGUACUUCGCUGUUACUAUGCUUCAGGACGUGGCAAGUCGAAUAGUCGGAAUACUCUCACAGAUAUCGACACAGUGCAUGACCGCAGCACAGGACGCUACGUGCACAAGUCAUGCAACCAGAACCUGCACAAAUGAUGGCGCUGGGUGUCUGAAGAGAGCCGUCAUGACGUGUCCGAUACUGCUGGUUCCGCUCGGUGGAUUGUUACUGGGCGUCAUCUGGUUUAUGUUUCGAAGGAAGAUAUCGUCGGAGAAGAAAGACGGUUCUGGCGCUACCAGUCGUUGGAGUUCAGCCAAUCUGAGAGAUAAGAAGGAGCUACCACCUGUGUUUCCCAACGGCUGGUUUCGAGUGUGCGACUCAAAGGAUGUGAAGACAGGUGAGGUGAAAGGAUACUCGUUGCUGGGUACCGAGUUAGCCGUGUACCGAGGGCAGGACAAACAUGUCUACAUCAUCGACGCUUAUUGUCCACACCUCGGUGCUAACAUUUCCAUAGGCGGAGAGGUCAUAGGUAACUGCAUCCGAUGUCCAUUCCAUGGCUGGACAUUCAACGCUGCGUCAAGACGCUGUGUGAAUAUACCUUACUCAGCCAGCAACCCGAAAGCCGCAAAGGCCGCAACCGUUAAGACCUGGAUGAGUUUGGAGGUAAACUGUAUCAUCUAUGUGUGGCAUGACGCAGAGGGCAGAGAACCUCACUAUAGUCCCAUGCCGAUGCCCGGUAUUGAUCGCGGUGUAGCUCCACUCUACACGUUGCCCCUAGCAACCAAGCACAGACCGGCAUUCUAUGGCAGCGUGACGGCUGAGCCUGGGACGUGGCGGUACCUAGGUGUACGGGAGCACAUCAUACACGCACAUGUGGAAGAUAUCUCUGAGAAUGCCGCCGAUGUGGGACACCUGCAACCUGUCCACGGUCCGUUCAUGGGUCGGGGCGGUGACGUGAGAACCACCAACAAACCCGGUGCACUCACGGCCGUUGAUCACGAGUGGAGGAUGGAAUGGAAGCCGUUGCCUAUGCCAUUCGAACACUGCGGCACCUUUGAGAUGUCACACUACGUACGCCUGUUUGGUUUUCGCGUGCCGUGGACGUACGUGACUGUACAGGCAGUGCAGGUUGGCCCAGGCUCUUCGCAUCUAUAUUUUGAACACUUUCUACUCGGCAAGGUGGCUUUGCUGCAUGAAGUGACGCCUCUUGAACCAUUGAUGCAAAGAAUGAUUCACCAGGCAUGGGGUCCGUGGUGGAUGCCUGCAUUUCUGGGAGAGAUUUUCUUAUGGAUACAGUGUUCACAGAUUAGUCGUGAUGUGAUGAUCUGGAAUCACAAGCGCUACGUGGCGUCUCCCCCACUGGUCGAGGAGGACAGGUCCAUUCUUCAACACCGCACCUGGUACCGGCAGUUUUAUUCUGAGAGCAGUCCGUGCUUAGCAAGCACAGAAGACACUAGUGUGGACUGGUGACGACAAUAAGCACUGGCUGGCUCACAACACUAUGCCGAGCAGUGUAUAGGGUAGAAACAACAUUAUCAGCUGCAACGCCAGCAUCAGUGCCAGCACCACCUGCAGGCGCAAGACAUGUAGCAGCACCAGGACUAGCCAAUCAACCAGCAGCCACAGCCACAGCAAAAGAAGCAGCAGCGCUAACAUUCAACAGGUACGAGAGCCACUUUACACCCCAAAAUAGUAGGCCAGUUUUUACCACAGCCACCCCUCCUGUUAUCUCCCCCCCCCCACACAUAAAAAAUUGUUUUACUCAUCCAUAAAAAUAUGGCGUCAAUCUGAGAAAUAUGGUUCGUUCAUUGAAAUUUUCUAAAUGCGCAAAUUGAAUUUUUCUAUCUUCUUCUAAAAGAUUUAAUUCCAUCCAUAAUUGAACAAAAUAAUUAGGACAAUGGUUUUGAGCAGCUAGCGCAAUGUUUGAAAUAUGUUGACAUUGAAAAAUAUAUUAUUCUCUAGCGUACA